AUGAGUUAUGAAAAUGAUGGCCAACCGAUCACUUUAGUCACAGGUGCAUCGGGUUUCUUAGCAAGUCAUAUUGUCCAGCAGUUAUUGCAGAAAGGGCUCAAGGUACGAGGUACUGUUCGAAGCCUUCAAAAUCAGGAAAAAGUGGAGCCAUUGCGCCAAUUAAGCAAAGACUCACCGCAAUCUCUUGAAUUGGUUGAAGCAGAUUUACUGAAUAAAGAUUCAUGGAUCAAAGCUGUAGAAGGUUGCACUUAUGUCUGCCAUGUCGCUUCUCCCUUCCCAAUCAAAGCUCCUAAUAACGAAAUGGAUCUCAUUAAGCCUGCAGUGGAUGGCACAAAAGCAGUAUUGGAAGCUUGCUCUAAUUCUGGAACUGUAAAGAGAGUCUCCUUAACAAGUUCUAUUGCUGCUAUUAUAGGUGGAGUAGAUGCACCAAAUGGCACUGAAUUUACGGAAGAAAAUUGGGGAAAUGCUGAAAAAGCAUCUGCCUAUGCUAAAAGCAAGAUAUUAGCUGAAAAGGCCGCUUGGGAAUUUAUUAAAGAUUUGCCUGAAUCCAAAAAGUUUGAGCUGGUAGUUUUCAAUCCUGGAUAUAUUCAAGGCCCGGUCAUCCGAGGAACUUAUUGUUCCAGCUUAGAGGUUGUAAUGAGACUAAUGAAGAGAGCGAUGCCCGCAGUACCGAAAAUGUCAUUUGCUAUUGUGGAUGUUCGUGACGUUGCCGCUGCUCAUAUUGCUGGCUUAACAGCUCCAAAAGCCGCAGGAAAUCGCUACAUCCUAGUCUCGGAAAAUAUGUGGAUGGGAGACGUGGGGCAAGCGUUGUUGAACGAAUUUAAAACUCAAGGUUAUAACCCUCCGACGGCAACAGCACCUUACUUUUUAUUAUGGACUCUUUCAUGGUUUGAUAAAUCACUCGCCACUAUAUUACCGAAUAUUGGACACUUUUCUAAGUUCAAUAAUACAAAGGCUAAGGAAGAUUUGGAGAUAAACUUUAAAUCUGCAAAAGAGUCUGUUAUAGACAUGGCUUACAGCAUGAUUGAACGCGAUUUUAUAAAAAAAACUCCCGCUUAUAAAGGCAGAAAUUAA